UGAAUCUUCCAUAGGCAAAAUCUACAUAUCAUUCCUCCAUUAUAUACUCCCUCACUACCAAACUCCACAAAAGCAAACAAAUAAAAGAAGAGAGAUAUGGGUAUGGUAGUGGUUAUUUCUCUUCCAUUUAUACUCUUCACAAUUCUUAUUGGAUUUGGAUGUUUUUUCUUUGGAAGAGCUAAAGGUAGACAAGAUUUAAGAAACAAUCCCCAAGUCUUUGGAGUACCUACCCCACCACCUGGUACUUGUGUUACUGCUACUUUUCCUACAACUCAUAAUUUCAAGCAAGAUAAUACUUCCAAUGUGUAAAAGUUCAAGACAUGGCGCUUUCUUGAAUUAGCUGGAAAGACACUACCAUUGUGUACAUGGAGUGCCGUAUUUUAUAUUCUGGGUUUGAUUUUAUGAUUGUGCAGAGAGUGUGAGAUGAUUUUUUUUAGUUCUUUUUUUUUCUUUACUGGCGUUGUCAAUUAAUACUUAUGUGAAGUUGUACUGUCAAUUACCGAUUGGAGUAUGUUUGAUCAUUUUGGUAAAGAAGUUGUAUGAAUCGAGUAUGAAA